AAGAAAAAUUACCAGUAUUCAGAAAAGGAUCAAAAUUCAUCCAGCAUAAUUAAGUUUUUAAAUACCACUGUGUCCAAGUUCUCUAAGAAAGGUUCUUCUCAGAUAGCGAAUCACUUAGAACUGUAUGAAUCCACUAUGGAUUCUUUAAAAUUAUACUCUGAUGCUGACAGAAUCAGAUUCCUUCCAUGGGCAUUUGAUGAUAAAUAUCGUCAUUACUUUACCUCUUUUAGGGAGAGAGGAAUUCAAGAUUGGCCAAGUGUUUUGCAUGAAGUUAAACUGGAAUUCGGACCUUACCGAACCAUUACUGCUGCAAAACGGAACAUAUAUAAGCUUACAUGUAGGCCCAAUCAAAGUCCCCGUGAAUUCCUCUCUAUCCUUAAAAAUGCCUAUGGGUUAGCAUAUAGAUCCCCGAACUGGGAAUCUGAAGAGUUUAAGCAGUUGUUCUAUGAUGCUAUGCCAACCCAGAUCAAACUUAGCCUAGCCAGAGAUCUGGAUAUUGAAGCUCCCUUGGAUAGGUUGGUGACGGCUGCCACCACGCUGUAUAAUAUCAGUGAGUGCCAUGAAACAGGUGAGAGAAGAUUUAAAAAAUCCCCAGAGCAAAAUAUAGCUGAAGCUAAGGUAAACCCUAGCUUGGGAUUUGAAACACAGCCACGUAAGUAUUCUCAGUCUACAGGUCCUGUCCACCAAACCCAGCGACAACAGGUAGGACCCAAGCAAACCAAGCCCCAAAAUCCCAACGGGUCAGAGGGGGAUAAUUCUGGUGCUGGGAGGUCUAACUACCGUCCAUAUUACAAUAAUGGUCCCCAGGGAUAUAGGUCCUAUUACAAUAGGGAUUCCCAGGGUUACAGACGCUGGAAUAACAGGCCCAGACAACAGAGGGAAGAUAGCUUUGUGGAAUAUUUCCCCGGAUGGAAAAGAUCCAACAUGAUGAGGAGCAACAACAAGCCAGUCAAGCAUGGUAAGAUGUUUUGUAAGAUUGACGAGAUGGUUACCACCCACGGUCUUACAAUUUACUGGAAAAAGGUAAAGGGUCAUUCAAAGUAUCCAGGUAUGGAUAAAGAAGGGAAUGACCUAGCAGAUUCCCUCGCCAAACAAGCAGCCAUUGACGGAGAAGUCUUUGACGUUGAUGACCUCAUGGGAACUAUGCAAGUGGAUGCAACGACAAGAAGAUGGAUUGCUGAUAAGGACCUCAAAGAACGGUAUCACGCAAUGGGUAGUACCCGCAGCGUAUCGAGGUCUGAUGCUACAACAUGCCCAUGA